UCCUGUGCUUCACGUACCUGCAACUGCUGAUCACUAGGUCAGAUUGCACAGUCACUAUGUCAACCAAGCAGAUCGAUCCUUCAUUGAUUGUUAAUGAAGACACCCACAGACAGGCUAUACUGAAGAGGUUUCAUACCCCAAGACCAGAUUGGUAUGAGAAGUUGUUCGCUCUGCUUUUGGCCAAGUGCUUGAAAGCUUAUGAGCCAGAGGUUGCAGGUUAUAAAGCAGAACUCUUUUCUAGGUUGAGAGGAAGGGUUAAUAAAGUGCUGGAGCUUGGUAUUGGAACUGGUCCCAAUCUCAAAUAUUAUGCUGGUGAUGGUGAUGUCCAUGUUUAUGGUGUAGAUCCAAACAAAAGGAUGGAAAAAUAUGCUACAGAAGCAGCAGUAGCUGCAGGUCUACCACGAACAAAUUUUAAUUUUAUACAAAUGGUUGGUGAGGCACUGCCUGUAAGUGAUGCAUCCAUGGAUGCAGUCAUUGGAACUCUUGUAUUAUGUUCUGUUCAAGAUGUUAAUUUGGCACUACAAGAGGUGAAGAGGGUGUUGAAACCAGGUGGUCUUUACAUUUUUAUAGAGCACGUGGCUGCACAAGAUCGAACAGCUCUAAAAUUUCUCCAGAAACUUCUGGAUCCUUUGCAGCAGAUAGUUGGUGAUGGGUGUCAUCUUACGAGGCAAACAGGAAAGCUCAUUUCUGAAGCUGGGUUUUCAGAUGUUGACAUUAAAAUGGCCUCUGUUUCUGUUUGCUUUCUUGUAAAACACCACAUAUAUGGGAUAGCACGUAAAUAGCA